UGGGUAGACCUGAUAGUGAAAGGAAAUAUCUAACACACCAAACAAACAAACAAAAACCUUUUAACCUUUUUAGUGUAUACAUUCAGUUGGCUAGUUAUUAGCACCUAACACAAUGGCUGAGAGACAAGAGCGUGAAAAAGAGUACAUAUUCCAAAAUGUGCAACUCUUCAAAAAUGAUACCCUUGGUACUGGCUCCUACGGGGUAGUGUGUAAAGCCAAGUGUGACCAGCUACUCUGUGCUGCCAAGCUACUCUAUCCAGUGCUCUUCCAAAUUACUGCUCCUGAUCCUGGCAAAGAACAUAGACAUCCGUUUAGAAGAUUCGAAACAGAGUGCGAAUUUCUAAGUCGCAUCAACCACCCCAACAUUGUACAAUACUUAGGGACCUAUCGAGAUCCCGACACAGAUGCACCAGUUCUUCUCAUGGAGCUCGGGGACGAGAGUCUGACACACUUCCUGGAGUCAUCACCUGGAGACAUUCCCUACUACAUCCAAGUCAACCUCUCCUAUGAUAUAGCUCAAGCACUUGCUUUUCUCCACUCCAAUGGGAUCAUCCAUCGCGACCUCUCCAGCAACAACAUUCUACUGAUUACAGGCAGUCGAGCUAAAGUCACCGAUUUCGGAAUGUCCAAAUUCACAGAAAUAACUCGGCUAGCCACAAUGACCACAUGCCCAGGAACACCAGCCUUCAUGUCUCCCGAGGCAUUAAAUGAACCACCAGUGUACUCAGAGAGACUUGACAACUUCUCAUUUGGUGUGCUUCUUGUUCAGAUCACAACUCGACAGUUUCCAAGGCCAACAGAUCGAUUUGACAAUGUUCAACUUCCCGAUCCACGAAAUCCAGGUAACACAGUUGAAGCAAAAUUGCCGAUACUAGAACUAGACAGACGGCAAGCCCACAUCAACCUGAUUGAGCCUACCCACCCUCUACUGCCGAUUGCUUAUCACUGCCUCAAAGACAGAGACGUUGAACGACCAUCUUCCCAACAGCUUUGUCAAACACUGGAUGCUCUCAUGAGGACAGCCAGGUACCAGGAAAGCUCUCAAAAAGAUCUGCAACAGAUAAUAAGGGGAAAAGAUGAGCAGCUGCAAACAAAUCAGCGGCUUAUAACAGAAAAAGAUGAACAGUUACAAGCAAAGCAACAGACAAUUAUACAAAACAUUGAACAGUUACAUACAAAGCACACUGAAAUCGAUCAACUCACAACUAGAUUAGGGCAAGCAACACAAGAAAACCACACUCUUCAACAAGACAAAACAACUCUUCAACAUGAGGCAGAUGCCAGGGAGAGACAGGUGAGGAGACUCAAUCAAGAGUUGCAAUCAAGUGAGGAGAACACUGCUGCCCUUCGCCAAGCCAUCGAUCAACGAGACAGAGAAGUGACUGAACUGAGACAAACACUGGCAAGCAAGAACGAGGAAAUUCACGAUCUAUUGACUCGAAUGCACCAAGUCGCAGCUCAAGUUACAUUAAUGAGACCUGUCGCAAUAGAGUCACUACCCGAUGCACCGGUUGGUAUUGGGUAUGGUUCAUCAGCUGUGGUUGGAGACAACGCAUACUUCAAGACACGUCAAAAUGAAAGUGUUUAUGAGUUCAGCAACAAUCAGUGGCACGAGUUACCACCUUGUCCCAACAGUGACUUCACUAUUGUCAGUGUUGAAGACAUGCUCACAACUGUGGGGGGAGGGCCAUACAUACAACGCUAUAGUAACAAACUUUUUAGUCACAAACUCUACAGCUACAUUGACAACAAAUGGGUCCAACACUUUCCUCCCAUGCCAACCCCAAGGUGGGGACCUGGAGCUGUAUACGCUAACAACACACUCAUAGUGGCUGGGGGAUAUUACGAUUAUGAAAGUUUAACUACUGUCGAAAUAUUAAACACUGCUAACAUGCAAUGGUUUAUUGUUAGCUCACUACCUGUGCCAACCAAUCAACCAUCAGCGAUGAUCUGUGGAGACUACAUGUACAUACAUCCACAAACUAAUGAUGUUCAAGAGAAGUAUUCAAUAUACAAAUGCUCAUUAAGACAACUAACUCAGUCUCAACCACGAUCAGCUAUAUGGGAGAAGAUUUCUCCUUUGCCAGUUAGCCAUUCCUCUCUUAUUACCAUUAAUGACCACCUGUUGGCAGUGGGGGGGUGGGACACCAAUAGAGAUAAAACUACGGACAUAUAUCAGUACAACAUGACAUCAUGGACUGUUGUUAGUCAAAUGUCAACACCUCGCUCAUUAUGCCUCACUACUGUCCUCCCUGGGAAUAAACUAGUGGUGGUGGGAGGAUAUGGUGCAAACAGAAAAUGUGAAAUAGUUACUUUUGUAUAGAGCCUGCAGCCUUGCAUGCUUGUUCUUAUACUUUUGUGUCUUGUCUUGUCUAGUAUGCUGCAUGUAAAUUAAUAAAUUUGCACAAAAUUAUGUUUAUUAAUUUUUAUAAUCAUUGUUGUUGAGAUUAUAUCUGAUUGUGUGUACAAUCAUAGCUA